AUGCGUUUCUCCGCUGCGACUCUUCUUGCCCUCUCCAGCGUCGCCUACGCUGCGCCAUUUGCCAUCCAUGAGAACGAAGUCGUCCGUCGCAAGGUUGACUACCAGAUCGUGAAUGUUGAUGGCGACUCCAGCACUACUACUGCCCCUCAGACUCAUACUCAAACCGUGAUCAAGACCGAGACUGUCGAGUCUUCUAUUAUUGCAUCGGCUUCUUCAACUGUACCCAAGACUGUGACUAUCACUGCUACCCCUUCCAGCGUACCUCACUUGUCUUUAUCGUCAGGCUCAACUCCAAGCCCUACUCCUAUCCCCCACAACGCGCCUCCUGCUGGAGGAUCAUUCUUCUCACCCUCGGCAUCAGGCUUUCUUCGCCGUGACCUGAACUCUACCGAACGCCUUUCUCUCAAUGCCCGCAGCUAUGUCUCUUCUUCCUAUGCUCAUGAAGCCUCUGCCACUCCACUUGUUGCCCGACAGUGGGGUACAUCAAGUGUGCCUGUCUCUUCUUCCUAUGCCCAUGAAGCCUUUGCCACUCCACUUGUUGCCCGACAGUGGGUUACAUCAAGUGUGCCUGUCUCUUCUUCUUAUGCUCAUGAAGCCUCUGCCACUCCACUUGUUGCCCGACAGUGGGGUACAUCAAGUGUGCUUGUCUCUUCCACUCGCAUUGUUGCUCGAGACUUUGCUGCUUCUCCUAGCGCUAGCGUUACUGUGACUCCCACUCCACUCGUGGCCCGUCAUUUCAGCCACCUGAAUGUUCCGAGCUCAGCUACCCCUAGUGCUACUUUCUCACCAUCCAUUCCUACCAUUCCCAUGAUUAAUUAG